CCAACACUAACACCUGCAAGCAACUUGUCGUUUUCAAAGUGAAAAACAUUAAAUAAAAGCCAACUCAAUGGCCAAAAUAAACACCACUGGCUUUAACCAAGAAUGAUGUGUAAAUAACAAAAGUAAAAUCGUGAAUUGUUCGAGUUUGCAUGCCGGGAAAAGCGCAUAGAGAGGCCAGCGGAGUCUCUUUUGUGUACACUCACUCCCGUGUGCGUGUGCGUGCGCGUGUUAGUGUUGGUGGGGCUGGCAGAACAAUAACAAGCCCAAAAAUGCCAAUGGACAAUUGCAAUGCAGGACCAAGAAUAGCGUUCCGACGACUGCGGCGGCGAUGAAUCACUGCAGCGAAACCUGUGCCUUAUUAUUAACGAUAGAAAAGCAAUAAACCCCGAAACCCAACCCAAAGAAGAUGCCGCUGCUAAGCAAAUGCUUCCCGUGCUUUAAGUUUAAGCGGGAGGAGGUGAUCGACAAGCUGGACUACAGCAAUACCCCGCUUACCGACUUCCCGGAGGUCUGGCAGCACGAGCGGACGCUGGAGGAGCUCUAUUUGAGCACCACACGGCUGCAAGCGUUGCCGCCGCAAUUAUUUUACUGUCAGGGACUGAGGGUGCUUCAUGUGAACAGCAACAAUCUGGAGAAUAUACCCCAGGCCAUCGGCAGUCUGCGCCAGCUCCAGCAUCUGGAUCUCAACAGGAAUUUGAUUGUCAAUGUCCCCGAGGAGAUCAAGUCGUGCAAGCACUUAACCCACCUGGAUCUGAGCUGUAAUAGCCUGCAACGUCUUCCCGAUGCCAUCACCUCACUCAUAUCCCUUCAGGAGCUACUGCUGAACGAGACCUACCUCGAGUUCUUGCCAGCCAAUUUUGGUCGCUUGGUCAAUUUGAGGAUUCUGGAGUUGCGCCUGAACAAUCUCAUUACCUUGCCCAAGUCCAUGGUGCGCUUAGUGAACCUCCAGCGGCUAGACAUUGGCGGCAAUGAGUUUACAGAGCUGCCCGAAGUUGUUGGCGAGUUGAAAUCCCUGCGCGAGCUAUGGAUCGAUUUUAAUCAAAUACGCCGAGUUUCGCCAAACAUUGGAAAGCUGCGUGACUUGCAGCACUUUGAGGCCAAUGGAAAUCUGCUAGACACACUCCCCAGCGAGCUGAGUAACUGGCGCAACGUUGAGGUGCUUUCCAUUUGCUCCAACAGCCUGGAGGCCUUUCCCUUCAGUGUGGGCAUGCUCAAGUCGCUGGUCACCUUCAAGUGUGAGUCCAAUGGACUGACGGAGCUGCCCGACAGCAUUAGCUAUCUAGAGCAGCUGGAGGAGCUGGUGCUGAGCCACAACAAGUUGAUCCGUCUGCCCAGUACGAUUGGCAUGCUGCGCAGCCUGCGCUUCCUCUUCGCGGACGACAAUCAACUGCGCCAGCUGCCGGAUGAGUUGUGCAGCUGCCAGCAGCUAAGUGUCCUGAGCGUGGCCAAUAAUCAGUUGUCCGCCCUACCGCACAAUAUUGGAAAUCUGGGAAAGCUAAGGGUGCUCAAUGUGGUUAACAACUACAUAAAUGCCUUGCCAGUGUCCAUGCUAAACCUGGUGAAUCUCACGUCGCUGUGGCUCAGCGAUAACCAGUCGCAGCCGUUGGUGCCCCUGCAGUAUCUGGAUGCGAGCACAAAGACCCAGUUGACGUGCUUUAUGCUGCCGCAGGUGACAUUUAAGAUGAACAGCAUGCAGGCGCAACAGCAGGCCCAGGAGCAGUACGAGUUCGUAUAUGCCAACCAGCAGCAGCCGCCGCAUGUGAGCCCGUCGCGUAGGAUUUGCUUUGCGGAGGAAACCACAAUAUUGAGCAAUGCAGCAAAACCGCAGCCGGCGCCCAGCUAUCCCAGCUACGUGGCGGCUGCACCGCCCACACCCACGCCCGAUCAGAUGGCGGGAUCUUCGGCCGUGCGGCUGAUGCGUUCGCCCACGCCAUAUCCUAAGGAACUGCGUCAAAUGGCCAAGUACGUAAGGCAGGCUCAGGCGGCGAGCUCAUCGGCCAAUGCCACCAGCGAGGUGAGGGAGGCACGCGUAGUGGCCAACGGCCAAGUUCACUGUGAUAGCAGCAAUGCCAACCAGGAUGUUGUGGACCAGGCCACAGCAAGUGCAAUAUACGGCAUUGCGCCGGAUACAACACACAUCUACGGUGUCUAUCAGCAGCCGCAGCAUCCGCUGGGGCAUCAAGUGCCCACGCAGGAGUAUUACGGCCUGCCAUUGGUCAACUACGAGGCACACUACCAGCAGCUCUAUGUGGAGGCGAAUACGCCACUGCCCACCACGCAUCUAAACGGGGAUCAGGACUAUGAACUGCAGCCGCUGCAACAGCAACAGCCGGCGGCGCCACCGCCGCGAUUAGAGCCGCCGCCCUACCACAUAGCUCGUGUAUAUACCAAGAAAACGCCCGAAGAUCUGAAUCUGUACGAGUCUAUGCGACAGCGCAAGCAGCAGCAACAACAGCAGCAGUUGCAGGAGCAAACCAUCUACCAAGAUGCCCUGAAUAGUAACUUCAAAACGACCGCAAUUGGUGCCCAGGAAGUCGAAGAGAACGUCGACGAGGACGAGCUGCUUGACUACCAGAACAAUAUCAGCAACAACCAUGUGGAGCCAAAGCCGGCGGUGGAGGAGCAGGACGAAGAUCAGGAGGAGGAGCUGGAUGACUCCUUGUCGCAGCACUCAAUGAACUCCACGGCCACCAACAAUACUUCCAAGGCGAGUCACAAUAAGAAAUCAACCUGGAUCUUUGGCGUUCACAAGAAUCCCACGGUCAAGCAGGUGACGCUCAAGUGGGAGCACAGCAUAGGCUUCGACAUAGCCGAGCUGCUAAAUCAGGUUGGCAUCUUUGUAAGCUCCAUAACGCCGAAUACGAACGCCGCCCGCCUACUGAGCCUCAACGAUAAGCUGCUAGAAAUCGAUGGCUACGACCUGACCAAUGCCAAUCUAAACGAUGCCAAGCGAGUGCUGCACAACAGCGGCACAGUCAUGAACAUAAUGCUGUCGAGAAAAUGAUGAAGAUAUUGAUGAAGAUAUACCGAUACCAACUCCCCCAAAACCCGAGACCGAAGACUUUUUGUGCAUUUUUCUACCGCAGCAUUUUUCCAAUAAUAAGCAUCGCUCUCCUCGGAUCAUCAUGUUAGUUCAUAAUUCUCUUCCGCGCUGGCGGUCAAAAGGAUCCACAUACUAUAUUAUAGUCUAUAUUAGCUAGAUAGAUGAAUCCAAACUGCCAUUAUCUCCAUAGAAGAAUAUAAUAUCGCAAUACGGCCAAAAUUCGUAGUUUAUAGUCCUCCUGAACAAGUAUUCUCCACGUUUACUAAUUGAACAAAGUGCAUUUAUAUAUGAUUUGGCUUUAAAACUGUCGCUGUCGACACCUAAGUUAUGUUUAUUGACGCUUCCCUUUGUUUACUCAGUAUUUAAUUGGUAUUUUAUGUAAAUAGUUAAGUUAAUCAUUAGCGAAGCCAGGCAAUAUUACGUAUAUCAAUAUCUCCCAUAAUCACGAUGCGUAGCUUAGAUACUAUAUAUAUAUCUCUCACUUAUUCCGACCGCCAGUGUAGUGUAACACCAUAAUAUUUACCUACAUAUAAAUAGUGCAAUUAUCGUCGAUUAUAUAUACAUAUAUAUAACGCACUCAUAUUAUACGGAAGAUAAUCUGACAAAUUACCUACAACUAGAGCCUAUUUUACGCCCAGCGUUGUUCAAAUUUGUUCCCAAAAUCAUAUUGUGUAGAUCAAUUACUUGA